UCAAUUUAGUUUUGUGUGUUUUGUCAGUUAGGUAUUUCUUGGAACUUGCCGUUUUAAUAAUUUACAAUGUCGGGAACAAAAAUUUCUGAUAAAGACCAAAUUAACCCAUCAUCUGCGGAAAAAAUUGUAUCGGCUUUAAAUGUGAAGAGUACUGAAGCCUUCUUUGCUGAUCCGUUAGUCACGGAAGCAAUAUCGAACAUCUCGACUCCCUCUGCAGCCUCAGGAGGAUCUCCUCAAGAUUUACACAAAGAAAGACCCUCUGUUACAAUCGAUACAUCUGGUGAUAGUCUUAAUAAAAGUUCGGCAGACCACAUGUCUCACUCGACAGUACACUCAAAUACCACUCAAGCCAGCCAAGAGACUAUCAACACGGGGUCAACAGUAACCUCCACUACUUCAGUGGAGACCACAGAAGGUGCAGAAAAGUCUUUACAAUCAAUCUUGUCGAAAAAAAGUAUUAGUCAGACCACACUUAACACCAUCAGCCAAGCCUCCAGUUUGGGGACACAACUUUCAGACGUCACAAUGGACUCAGGGAGACGCAGUAGAGCUUCCCAGAAAAGAUUGAGUAAUGUAUUUCGACGCCCUUCAGCGCCUACAAGUAAUAUGAGUUUUAGAAAUCCGUUAGAUGAUAUGACAAACGCCGAAUUAGUUAGUGCCGUAACUGAAUUAGAAAAAAGUGCAAAACAUCUGGAGCUAGAAAACAUGGUUUUUCUUCAUUUUUUAGAAAAAAAUGAACCAUCGCUAAUUGAAGGCAUGGACAAUGUUCUGAAAACUGUUCAAACUAUGCAAGAUCGCACCUCGGUCUCCUCUAAAAGACUGACACUAACGAGAGCUUCGCGACAGUCAGAGUUUUUGUCAUAUUCAACAAGUUCCAUAACCCCCAUGACACUAGAAAAAGAAGGACCAAGAAUAAACAUUACUCAAAAGACAGAUUUAAUAAUGCGAGAAAUGGACGAUAUCCAAGCGGCGUUAGAUAAAAUAAAUAGAAAAUGCUACAUUACGAGGCAUAAAUUAAAAGCAGAACUGGAGGAAAUGGCCAUUAGAGAAAGUGAAAUUCAAGAAAUCAAAGAUACGUUUGAAAGAAUAUUUAUUAAUAAUGAAGUAUUAGAAAAGUAUACUCAAAAAAAUCCGGCAGAUCGAUUUUGUAGAUUUAUGGAUGAAACUUUUAAAAAAACUCGUGCUACUACCGACAAACUACGUUUAAGAACAAGUUCUCUGAAAGUGCAAUACCAGAAAAUAUGUGCUCAAUUAACUCAGAAGAAGCUUCUAGGCGAGCAUUUACAAGAAGUGGAUUUUGAGCAGCUCGAAAUCGAAAAUAAGCAUUUAAGGGAGAAAAUUGAUAAAAGGAAUUUGUUGCUUCUUGAACUGAAAAAAAUGAACGGCCACGCAAAUUUAUUGCUGAGCAAUCAGAAGAAGCAUCUGUUGAAAAAAGUGACCGAUUUGAAAGUGUAUCAAGACACAAUUAAAACCCAAGAAGAGUUGGUCCGAAAAAUCGACGACGAAUGUGAGAAGGUUUCUGAAGAAUUGGACGCAACUAAAGAAGAAUACGAUAAAAUUAAAACCAAAAGUGAAAAUUACGAGGUACCUUCUGUUUUAGAGUAUGUAAAAAAGAAAGCCGAGUUGGGUCUGCUGAAGAAAAAUCUAAAGAUAUGGGAGAGACGAAAACAAAUCAAAGAUAUGGCACUUACUGCCUCUGUGAGAGAAAUGAAACACGCGACAGGUUUGCCAACUGUAAAGUCAUCUUGGUUUAUUAAUCCUCAUGAUUUGCACCGAGGACGAGGAUCAAUUGAGAGUACAUUUGAGUUCAUAUUUGAACGUAAAAUGAGGCUUUCACAGUUAUUAUUGCAUAAGAAGAGGAGCAGUCGCCGUAAAACACAGUAAUGUAAUUAUUUCAUAGAAAAUGAAAAAAAAAACAUC